GAAUUGAGUCAGAUACGGACGGAAACUUGAAAUAAAGUCAAAGAAAGUGAGCGCAGUAUUCGUUGUUCCAGCAUCCAAUCCAGACAUCGUUGCAUAUUCUAUCUUAUUCGUAUUUAUUAUUUUAUUCCAACUAUUUUCAACAUCAGUAUUCAUUUCAAAGCAAUCGCAAUGCGGGCCAAACUGCAGUUGCUAUGGAUAGCAUUUUUGUGGAGCUUACUUAUCACUGAUGUUAUAUCGAGUUCAGAAGAUAGACUCAAAAGAUUAAGACAAGCUCGUCGACAUCGUACUAGAGAAUCUCCACUAUUUCCUCAAGAGGUGAUGAAUCUAUUAGGAAAUGAUGCUUCAAAUGAAAUGGAUAAAAACUCAGAUGAUGAUAGCCCUGAUCUUCGAAUGGAUCCAUGCAUGGAUAAACAUUGUGGAGCUGGUCGAGUUUGCAAGGUAACAGAGGAAGGUGGUGCUGAGUGUGUUUGCAUAGAAACUUGUGAUGAAGAAAGAGAUCCUCGUCGCAAGGUUUGUACCAACUACAACGAAACAUUUGGGAGCGAUUGUGAAGUCUAUCAAGCUCGUUGUUUCUGUGAUUCUGGGGAUGAUAGAUGCAGAGGUCCUGAUUAUCAACACGUUCAUAUUGAAUAUUAUGGACAUUGUCGACAAAUGCCUAUGUGUAAAGAACAAGACAUGUUAGACUUUCCCAGAAGGAUGCGAGAUUGGCUUUUCAACAUCAUGCGUGAUCUUGCAGACCGUCAAGAAUUACCAUCUCAUUUCUUGAAAAUGCAGAGAGAAGCAGAAACUAAUAUGACAUUACGUUGGACUAAUGCUGCUAUUUGGAAAUGGUGUGAUUUGGAUGGCCAUCCUCAUGAUCGAUCAGUAUCACGUCACGAGCUUUUCCCCAUUCGAGCUCCAUUGAUGGCUUUGGAGCACUGUAUUGCACCAUUCCUUGAUGGUUGCGAUGUAGAUAACGAUCAUAAAAUUACCUUGAAAGAGUGGGGAAAAUGUUUACAGCUUGACGAGGAUGAUUUGGAAGAUAAAUGUGGCGAAUUGACAGAAGCGAUUCACGAUUAAGAAUAAUUAAAUUUACAAGAGAAAUACAAAAAAAAUAUAGUCUUUAAACACUUAUUUACACUUAUCUAUUUAAAUUAAAAACGAUCACAUUUAUUGCAAGAGAAGAAAUUUUCGAUCAAUAACUACUGCUUAAUAUCUUUAAAAAUAGUUAUAGAUAAUUUAAUUUUUGGAAUUUUAAUAAUACGGAGUGAUUUCCGUUUAUAAUA